CACUUCCAUCCUUUUUCUUUGGCUGACAGGAUGUUGUACGUUGACAAAUAUCGACCUAAAUCUCUCUCAGAGUUACACUAUCAUGCCGGAUUGAGCGAACGUUUGACGUCUCUUGCAUCUCAUGAGGACUUUCCUCAUAUGCUCUUUUUCGGUCCAAGUGGAGCAGGAAAGAAGACGAGAAUCAUGUGUUUGUUAAAAGAGUUGUAUGGAAAUGGAGCUCAACGAUUAAAGAUCGAUCAAAGAAUCUUUCUCAAUCCCAGUAGGAGAAAGAUUGAAGUGAACAUUGUGACGAGCAAUUAUCAUAUCGAAUUAACACCUAGCGAUGCGGGAGGAUACGAUCGUUUAGUCAUUCAAGAUAUCCUCAAGGAAAUUGCACAAACACAACAAGUAGACCAAAAUGCAAAACAUCGAUUCAAAUUGGUCAUCAUUCACGAAGCAGAUGCUCUUUCAAGAGACGCACAAUCAGCCUUACGCAGAACAAUGGAAAAGUACAUGUCAAAUAUGCGUUUAAUCUUGUGUGCAACCAGUACGUCAAGAAUUAUUGCACCAAUCCGUUCAAGAUGUCUUUUGAUGCGUGUAGGAGCGCCUAAUGAGGGAGAGAUGACAGCAGUGUUGAAGCAUGUUGCAAAGAAGGAGAAAUUCCACCUACCGGAUGAGAUCUCAUCACAGAUCUAUCGUGAAACGAACGGCAACCUUCGUAAAGCGAUCCUUGUCUUGGAAGCACUGAGGAUGCAAACUUCCGAUUUAAGCGGCUCGAUUUCGAUCGCAAAGCCAGAUUGGGAACUUUUUGUUGGCAAGACGGCAGACGCAAUCAUCUCGGAACAAUCGCCUGAACGUCUCUUUUUUGUGCGCGGAAAAUUGUAUGAAUUAUUGGUUCAUGCUAUUCCACCAAGAGUGAUUAUUAAAACUCUCACCGAUCGACUUGUGGAACGAUGCGACGAAGAUUUACGUGGAGCGAUUGUAGAAAAAGCGGCAUUUUACGAACUUCGCUGUCGUCAGGGAAACAAAGCGAUCUUUCAUCUUGAAGCCUUUGUUGCCCAAGUAAUGGCGAUGACAAAGAGCUCUUUCGAGGGAAUGGAAUGGGAAUGAGUUCUUCUCUGAUAUCAGGUUUUCCAAACGUCAUACUUUGUAAUAUAAUAGAUAUACAUUAUCAUGAGAGAUCUUGAAUCUGAGACAUUCAUGCGAUGUAAGAGUCCGCCUAUUCGUAUAAAGAGGUAUAGAAAAGAGCAUGCAUUAAUGG